AUGAGUGACUCACUUAUUUGUCCUAUAACCUUCGAUCUAUUUCGUGACCCGGUCGUAGCUGAAGAUGGACACACAUAUGAACGUGAAGCCAUUAUCAAUUGGAUUCGUGAAAACGGUACAAGUCCAAUAACACGACAACGUUUAACAAUUGAAUCAUUACGUCCGAAUUAUACAGUAAAAACGCUUGUUGAUGAAUUUGAAGCGACUAAUCGUUCGAAAAAUUAUCAAUUUAAGCUAAAUAUCGAUAUAAAGAAAAAGUCACAUCGUUCACUAUUUCAGACAUUUGGUAAAACGAUUUAUGAAGCUGAAUGGAUGAAAGCAAAAGCAGGUGAAAGUCGUCCGAGAAUCGUUUUAUUAAAGAUCGAUGGAGCACGUGCUAAGAAAGAAGCAUCAUUUUAUGUAGAAUUAACUCGUCAUCCGCACAUUGUACGUACAUUUGGUAUCGUUGACAGCGGCAGUAAUGAAGAUGGAAACUCAGUAAUGUUGCUUCAAGAAUAUGCACCAGAGGGAAAUUUAUAUGAGGUUUUACAACAUGUAAUACUAGGUGAAAACAUUCUUCGAGAAAUAUUUAUACAAACAGCCGAUGCUAUGGUCUUUUUAGCACAUAAUCACAUUGUUCAUGGAGAUUUAGCUUGCCGUAACAUCUUAGUUUUUCGAUUCGAUGAACAUGAACCACGUAAAAAUCUUGUUAAGUUAACUGAUUUCGGAAUUAGUCGACACAGUAAAUUAUAUGUUCCGACGAAUACCGUAGCCAGGACAACGAUUAAUAUCGUUCCAAUACGUUACGCUGCGCCAGAAGUAUUAAUGAAUGAAUUAUAUUCUGAAAAAUCUGAUGCAUAUUCAAUGGGUGUAUUAAUGUGGGAAGCUUAUUCAAAGGGAUCUAUACCAUGGUCAAAGAUUGAGUCUGAUGACGAGGUGCGACAACGAAUUACUAGCGGAGAAAAACUUAGAAAGCCAGCAAAUUGCUCUGCUAGAAUGUGGUCUAUCAUUGACAAAUGCUUUAUAUUGUCCGUAGAACAACGACCAACAUUUACCAAUUUAAAAUAUAGUCUUCUUCAAGCUCAAUAUGAGUUAGCGGUAUGUAAACCCACGGGCAGAAUAAAAGCUCAUCCUUUUCAGUUUUUGUGCAGACUUCGUAGGAUCUCCACAGAAACUUUAGAUCAAACUGAACUACAGAACUAA